AUGGAUGCGGCUGUGGAGCACUUCCUCGGUAUCUGCAAGAUGAUCCUGUGGAUGUCGGCAAAAGAGGGCGACGAAGCGGGUGGUGGGGCUGACUCAGAGGCGUGUUGGAGAAAGGAAGAAGAAAAAGUAACAUCUGCGGGUGGGGGGCGUGUCGUGUGUUGUGGUUCCCGCUCCUUUGCUGUUGCCUCUACCGGACUGCACGGCGAUGACGGAUUUUGCCUCCCCGUGCGUUUGUACAAUAAUUGGUUCGCACGAAUGUUUACUGGGAGACGUGGGGCUGCGCGGAGUCGGGGCUGCACCGCAGUGACGCGCGCUGUGGGCGGUGCGGCCGCAACUUUUUUCAAGAGAGGCGGGGUGCGACGCAGCGCCACAAGAAUGGCGGGGUGCGUGGCGUAG